GUUCCAGGAAGGCACCCUUGGCAUCUGCUUGAGGGCUGUGGUGAGGGCUCUCAGGUCCUGGUUCUGGUCUGGUGCUGGCGGCACCUCUGCUGCGUUGCCUCAGGAACCAUCUCUGGGACAUUGUGUUUGGCCCUGGAGUUCAGACACUUUGACAGGGGUGGGGUGUACCCAGCCUGGGGCUUGCUGGAGGGGUGUUCACCAGGAGACCCUGCCCUUUGGAGAGAACUGUGUCCAAGAGAGGGGGACUCCUUGCCCCUGGCACCACACCUCUCUUUCCCUGUUGGGGUCACACCCCUCACCUGCUGCCACUGCCUUGGGGACCUCAGAAGUCAUGCUGUCAUAACACCUCCCAUCUCCUACCCAGGGCCCUCCCAGAGCUGUGUGAACUUUAGUCAUCUGCUGACAGGCCAAGUCACUGUGUCUCCUUGCUUCCUCAACGUCAGCCCCUGGGGCUGUCCUCCCUGUCAGACUGGACCUUUUAGAGGACAGCCUGCUCUCCACCCUGCUUAGACACUUUCAACGGUCCCAUGGGGUUGCUGAGUGACUCCCAGCCAGCUUCUUGCCUGCUCUGGGACUAGGAGAGCAAAGAGGCUGCCUGAUCGAGGUGUCUGUCUGGAGCAGAUUCUGUGGACACCGGCUCCUACUGUCUGUGAGGGAGACCCCAGUUAUUUCCUUAGCUGUUUCAGCCAAGCCCUCCCCGCUUUUGUGGCCACCUCCCCAGGCAAGGUGUGGGGCUUCCAUCCGCUGAGAAAGGUACUUGCAGAGCCAUGAAGAAACGGUAUGUGGUGCUGGCCCUGCUGGCCGUGGUCCUAGUGAUCUUCAUCAUCAUCCUGUGCCUUUGCCUGCUCUUGACCUCCAAGCCACAGAGCCACGUCUACCCCAGGGCAGCUGUGGCCACAGAUGCCAAGUAUUGCUCAGAGAUCGGGAGGGACAUGCUGAGGGACGGUGGCUCGGCGGUGGAUGCUGCCAUUGCGGCCCUGCUGUGUGUGGGGCUCAUGAACGCCCACAGCAUGGGCAUCGGGGGCGGCCUGUUCCUCACCAUCUACAACAGCACCACGCGAAAAGUUGAGAUCAUCAACGCCCGUGAGGUGGCCCCUGGGCUGGCCUCCGAAGGCAUGUUUAACAGCCCGGAGCAGUCACAGAAAGGGGGGCUGUCGGUGGCAGUUCCCGGUGAGAUCCGAGGCUAUGAGUUGGCCCACCAGCGGCAUGGGCGGCUGCCCUGGGCUCACCUCUUUCAGCCCAGCAUCCAGCUGGCCCGCCAGGGCUUCCCUGUGGGGAAGGGCUUGGCGGCAGCCCUGGAGAAAGACAGGGCUGUCAUCGAGGAACAGCCUGCACUGUGUGAGGUGUUCUGCCGGGAUGGGAAGGUGCUGCGGGAGGGGGACAGACUGACCAUGCCGCAGCUGGCCAACACAUACGAGACGCUGGCCUUGGAGGGAGCCCAGGCCUUCUACAACGGGAGCCUCACAGCCCAGAUUGUCAAGGACAUCCAGGCGGCCGGGGGCAUUAUGACCACCGAGGACCUGAACAACUACCGUGCCGAGCUGAUAGAGCAGCCACUGAACAUCAGCCUCGGGGACGCCCAGCUCUACGUGCCCAGUGCCCCACUCAGUGGGCCCGUGCUGGCUCUCAUCCUCAAUAUCCUCAAGGGGUACAACUUCUCCCCAGCGAGUGUGGAGACACCCGAACAGAAGGGUCUGACCUACCACCGCAUUGUGGAGGCCUUCCGGUUUGCCUAUGCCAAGAGGACCCUGCUUGGGGACCCCAAGUUUGUCAAUAUGAUGGAGGUGGUCCGCAACAUGAGCUCCGAGUUCUUUGCCGCCCAGCUCCGGGCCCGGAUCUCUGAUGAUACCACUCACCCGUUCCCCUACUAUGAGCCUGAGUUCUACACGCCUGAUGAUGGUGGCACUGCCCACCUGUCCGUGGUUGCAGAGGACGGCAGCGCUGUGUCGGCCACCAGCACCAUCAACCUCUACUUUGGUUCUAAGGUACGAUCACGGGUCAGUGGGAUCCUCUUCAAUGAUGAAAUGGAUGACUUCAGCUCCCCCAGCAUCACCAACCAGUUCGGGGUGCCCCCCUCACCAGCCAACUUCAUCAAACCAGGGAAGCAGCCACUCUCAUCCAUGUGUCCAGCGAUCAUCGUGGGCCGGGAUGGCCAGGUCCGCAUGGUGGUGGGUGCCUCUGGGGGCACGAAAAUCACCACAGCCACUGCGCUGGCCAUCAUCCAUAACCUGUGGUUUGGCUACGAUGUGAAGCGGGCAGUAGAGGAGCCCCGACUGCACAACCAGCUUCUGCCUAACACCACGACCCUGGAGAAAGACACUGACCAGGCGGUGGUUGCAGCCCUGAAGACCCGGCACCACCACGCUGAGGUCACUUCCAACUUCAUCGCUGUGGUACAGGCCAUUGUCCACACGGCUGGUGGCUGGGCAGCUGCCUCAGAUUCCAGGAAAGGCGGGGAGCCUGCUGGCUACUGAGUACUCAGGGCGGGCAAGGCUGACUGGCGACCUAAGGAUGAGAUGUCCGCUGGGGCCAAAGUGGGACUUUGAGGGGAUUUGCUUCCCCUGUGAGUGACAAAGCAGUGCAAUAAAUGGGGGCCACACCAUCAGGCUCUGGGCAGCCUUGCCAACCAGGCUCCCAUAUCCCUG